CUUUUCCUUUUUUAUCUCAUAAAUAUUAGCUCAUCGGAGGAACAGGAAAACCUGAUACAACUUAAUUCUGCAACUUAAGAACCACAACAAAGAAUGAACGACUUAAAGCCUACUGGAACUGAGGAACUUCAAAAUGGAUCCAUCCCUGGUUUUGCUUCAUCAUCUAAAUUUCAGAACCGGAAUGUGUUGGAGCACUCUGUGUAGCCCUGGAUCUGUUUGGUUUGUUUUACCAUGUGGGCUCAACAUAGUACAUGGCAAGACUUGUCUGCAUGGGCUCAUCACCACAAGAAUCUAUGGAAAAUGCCAGCCAAUGAUUCUCAGACUAAAGAGUGCUUAUCUAAAGGGAGGGGCUACUGCAAUAGUGAAAUAGUGGCUGAGCAUCAGAGCCAGUGGAUUGAGAGCCUACCUGAAGGGAGAACCAUGGGAGGAAAAGAAUCCGGAGCUGCUCCAUGUGAGCUUGUUAAUGUGGCCUCUUCAAAAGACAGCGAGUCUUCUGUAAAAACUGUCACCAUGUCUGACCAGAACUACAGACAUUUAGAUGAAAAUGAAUCAACAAACCAUGACUCUAAAGCCGAGAUCAGUGACGGAAGUAUUGAGCCGGUCAUUCAGGGAGAACCAUUUACUACCUAUUUUGAUGAGAAGAUACCCAUCCCACAAGAUGAGCACUCUUGCUUCAGUUUCCGGAAGCUGUGGGCCUUUACUGGACCAGGCUUCUUGAUGAGCAUUGCCUAUCUAGAUCCAGGAAACAUUGAGUCUGACUUGCAAUCUGGCUCUGUAGCAGGCUUCAAGCUACUAUGGGUUCUUCUGCUUGCCACCAUUAUUGGCCUUCUUCUUCAGCGUCUGUCAGCCAGGUUAGGCGUAGUGACUGGUCUUCACUUAGCAGAAAUGUGCAACAGGCAGUAUCCAAAGGUACCGCGCAUAAUCUUGUGGCUUAUGAUAGAGCUGGCUAUUAUUGGAUCUGAUAUGCAAGAGGUCAUUGGUUCAGCUAUUGCCAUCCACCUUCUAUCUGCAGGAAUAAUUCCAUUGUGGGGAGGAGUGUUGAUUACAAUCAUAGACACUUUCUUCUUCCUCUUUCUAGAUAAGUAUGGUCUGAGGAAACUGGAAUUGUUGUUUGGGUUUUUGAUUUCGAUAAUGGCGAUCACUUUUGGCUAUGAGUAUGUGCGUGUCAGCCCAGACCAAGGACAACUUCUUAAGGGCAUGUUCUUUCCUUACUGUGAAGGCUGUGGAACCCCUCAACUUGAACAAGCAGUGGGAAUAGUGGGAGCUGUCAUAAUGCCUCACAACAUGUACUUACAUUCAGCCUUGGUCAAGUCCAGAGAUGUAAAUCGUUCCAACAAAAAAGAAGUGAGAGAGGCGAACAAAUAUUUCUUCAUUGAGUCAACCAUAGCCUUAUUUGUGUCGUUUAUUAUCAACGUCUUUGUGGUAGCAGUGUUUGCUGAAGCCUUCUUUGGAAAAACCAAUGAAGAAGUGCAUACACAGUGUUUUAAUCAGAGCAACAGCAGCCAAGGUCUUUUAUUUCCCAACAAUACAGACAGUUUAAAUGUGGAUAUUUACAAGGGGGGUGUCAUUUUAGGAUGCUAUUUUGGACCUGCUGCUCUCUAUAUUUGGGCAAUAGGGAUAUUGGCUGCAGGUCAAAGCUCAACUAUGACUGGCACUUACUCUGGACAGUUUGUCAUGGAGGGUUUCCUGAACCUGAAGUGGUCCCGCUUUGCCAGGGUUGUCCUUACUCGAUCUGUUGCAAUUAUUCCCACUUUACUUGUUGCGGUCUUCCAAGAUGUUGAGCACCUAACUGGCAUGAAUGACUUCCUCAAUGUUCUUAUGAGUCUACAGCUUCCAUUUGCUUUAAUUCCAGUACUGACCUUUACUAGUCUUCCGUCUGUGAUGAACGACUUUGCAAAUGGAUUGGGGUGGAAGAUCGCGGGUGGUAUCCUUAUACUAAUAAUAUGCAGCAUAAACAUAUACUUUGUGGUGGUGUAUGUGACUGCUCUUGGUUAUCUAGCAUUGUAUAUUGGAGCAGCCAUCUUGUCCGUUGCCUAUCUAUGCUUUGUAGGAUAUUUGACGUGGCAAUGCUUGAUUGCUUUGGGCAUGAAGUUCCUCGAAUGCGGCCAGACGCUUUCAUUACAAAUAGUGGCAGUGGAUGGUGUAAGUACAAAUGCAUGGAGGAAUUGUGCCUAUGUGUAUAUUAUAUGUAUUUACAUUUUUGAAUCAGUUAUAUUGUACACUUAAAGUAACCUUAGGCUUUGAUCAGACUUAUUAUUUUCAUUGUUCUGCUCAGUCAGAAGAGUGGUGACAGUGUUGCUGGAUUUUUUGGAUGCUGGACGCUAAAAAUGCCCAUCAGCCCCUAUUCACUAUAAUAGGUUUUCCUUUAGGGUGUGCAUUAGAGAUGAGCGAACUUACAGUA